ACCACCAAGGCAGUGAACAAAGGUGACUUCCCGCUGGCCAACAUUGCCUCCCGGAGGGCUUUGUUCCUUGCUGCCCUCAGCAUCACUAUAGGCACCGGUGUGUAUGUAGGCGUGGUGGUUGCUCUCAUUGCCUACCUUUCUAAACCAGGACACAUAUAGCAGAAGCUCCCUUCUUUCACACAACUCCAGAGAGCCUGAGAGGAGAAAAAAAAGACCCUUUUGGGCAGAAAGGGAGAGGGGGACGUCAUUGCAACUGCAAACUUCGAGGAAAACUUUAUGUUGAUGUACAGUUUGUUUUUCCAUUAUUGAUUUUUUUUUAUCCACCAUCUUUUGCUUCCAGACUUCUCUCCCUGAAGGCUUUCUGUCCUGUCAGGAUUGGCCAAAGCAAUUUGAAAGAGGUUAAAACUUUUAGGUGGGAACAAAGAGGAAWAAAACAAACUUUACUUUUUUUGUUUUUCUUUUUUUAGACACGGUGGAUGUGAUGGAAGCAUUUAAUGUUCGAGCACAGUUUGCAUUCCACUGGACUUGAACCCAUUAUCUUUAGACUGGUUUUUCAACUUUUGAUGCCCCCUACCGAAACUUUAGAAAGAAUGUUUAAUUCAAUUCAGUUACUUGAACAAAUAAUACUCUAUUAUUUGAGCUAUUGGUCUUUGUGGAGAUUUGUUACACAGGGGCGCCACAUGGGAACAUCCCUAAUGGAUUCAUCAUUGACUCAGAACACCAGGACUGUGUUUGGUGGAGGGUUAGAAAACAAUUUAGUGUUCAAGUCAAGUCAUUUGAGGGCUGUGAUACCUACAAUGAAAAAAGAUACAGCCAUUUGAUGACAAACAUGUUGGAUAAACUUGUGAUUGAUAAUAAAWGCUUUUCUCUUUAUUAGGCUGGCAUGAAUAAAAAGAUCACUUUUAUCCACAGAGGUGUCCAAUCGUUAAAAACUUGGAAAAAAUUCAACAGAAAACAUUUUUUUAUGUGUCCUUUGUUGUUUGACUCAGUUUUCUCUCAUUUGAGGAAUGUAAAAGCACAGUUUUGAGUUGUUGGGAUGUUCAGGAAAUCAGGGAAAAAGAUGAAACACUCAUCAGGAAUCACUAUAAACCUGGAGAUGGAUAUCAGGUGGAUAACGUCAUUUACAGAAAGGCCUUACGUAUCGUUCAGGGCUGCAGAAAUAAACAAACGUGUCGCCGUCUGACAGCUUCGAA